UCUAGAGCUAAUUCUCUGUCUCUCUCUCUCUCACACACACACACGCACACACACACGCACACCCUGGCUGAUUUUACAGUCAAUCUUUCAAAGUGUAAUUUGUCUAGGAAAAGCCAAUGUGAGGCCCGUGUGCACCCCGACCAAUGGCGGCGCGGCUCCAGCGGCUCAGCCAGUCUCGGGCCUGUAUUCUAAUGGGCCGUAUCUUUAUCAGGGAAAUGUUCCUUCUCUGAACUUAAAACUUCUCAUGGAGGGUCCCCGACUCAGAGGCAGAAAGGGGGUCUGAGCUGAGGCGCAGGGGGGCCUCCCUGUCCCGCCAGGGCAAGGAGAGAGGCCAGGAGCCCUGGGGAGGCCUCCCACCUGCCCUCAGCACCUGACUUCUGAGCAGCUGACCCGGUGCCAGUGCCUGGGCCAGGGCCAGGCGGAUGCCUUAGGGGCCUGGAGAAGCCUUCCCAGUCCUGACCAGGAGAUCAUGGAGUCCAACCUGCAGGGGACCUUCCUGCUGAACAACACGCCGCUGGCUCAGUUUCCGGAGAUGAAGGCCCCCAUGUGCCAGUACUCGGUGCAGAACUCCUUCUACAAGCUCAGCCCUCCGGGGCUGGGCCCCCAGCUGGCCGCCGGGACCCCCCACGGGAUCACGGACAUCCUGAGCAGGCCGGUGGCUGCGCCAAACAGCAGCCUCCUCUCUGGCUACCCCCACGUGACAGGCUUUGGGGGGCUCAGCUCCCAGGGGGUCUACUACAGCCCCCAGGUGGGGAAUUUUUCCAAAGCUGGGAACGAGUACCCCACCCGGACCCGGAACUGCUGGGCCGACACAGGCCAGGACUGGCGAGGCGGGCGGCAGUGCAGCAACACCCCAGACCCCUUGAGUGACAGCAUCCACAAGAAGAAGCACACCCGGCCCACCUUCACGGGGCACCAGAUCUUUGCCCUGGAGAAAACCUUUGAGCAGACCAAGUACUUGGCUGGCCCCGAGAGGGCGAGGCUGGCAUACUCACUGGGCAUGACCGAGUCGCAGGUCAAGGUGUGGUUCCAGAACCGUAGGACCAAGUGGCGGAAGAAGAGUGCCCUGGAGCCCUCGUCCUCCACACCCCGGGCCCCGGGCGGCGCGGGCGCAGGCGGGGACCGCGCACCCUCGGAGAACGAGGACGACGAAUACAACAAGCCGCUGGACCCCGACUCAGAUGACGAGAAGAUCCGCCUGCUGCUGCGCAAGCACCGCGCCGCCUUCUCGGUGCUCAGCCUGGGGGCGCACAGCGUCUGA